AUGCCUGAGUCCACUAGAAAGUCAGGAAACAGAAUGAGUGUGAGGGCCGCGGGAGGGGUAGAGGGGUUCCAGAGAACACGGAGGCCUACAUCAGCACUCUGCAGUCACAGCACACACAUAACAAUGGUGUUUCAUCACUGAUUAACGAAAAAAACCGUAAAAAAGUCUGACAAACAGUUGUCUGAAAGUUAAGUGUGGCAGUGGUAGAGCAGGGAGGGAGGGAAGUCUUACUGGAAGAGGAGGAGAAUGGUCAUGUCUAGAUAGCAUACAGCUGGCCACAGGAGAAUGUCAUGUCUAGAUAGCAUACAGCGGGCCACAUGGAGCAAUGGUUCAUGUCUAGAUGAGCAAUACAGCGGGCCAAAGGAGAAUGGUCAUGGUCUAGAUGCAUAUACUGCUGGCCACAGGGAAGCAAUGGCAUGAUCUAGAAAGCAUACAGCGAGACCACAGGGAGAAUGGUCAUAGUCUAGAUAGCAUACAAGCGGCCCUACAUGGAGAAUGGUCAUGUCUAGAUAGCAUACAGCGGACCACAGGAGAAUGGUCAUGUCUAGAUAGCAUACAGCGGGCCACAGGAGAAUGGUCAUGUCUAGAUAGCAUACAGCGGGCCACAGGAGAAUGGUCAUGUCUAGAUAGCAUACAGCUUAUGUCAAAUUGACGUCAAAAGUUGAUUUUUUUGCAUUUUUGCUAACCCUAACCCUUUUCCUAACAUUAACCAAUUCUCCUAACCUGCUGCGUUCGUUCUCCUAACCUGCUGCGUUCGCUCUCCUAACCUGCUGCGUACGUUCUCCUAACCUGCUGCGUACGUUCUCCUAACCUGCUGCGUACGUUCUCCUAACCUGCUGCGUUCGUUCUCCUAACCUGCUGCGUUCGUUCUCCUAACCUGCUGCCUACGUUCUCCUAACCUGCUGCGUACGUUCUCCUAACCUGCUGCAUUCGUUCUCCUAACCUGCUGCGUACGUUCUCCCAACCUGCUGCGUACGUUCUCCUAACCUGCUGCGUUCGUUCUCCUAACCUGCUGCGUACGUUCUCUUAACCUGCUGCGUUCGUUCUCCUAACCUGCUGCGUUCAUUCUCCUAACCUGCUGCGUACGUUCUCCUAACCUGCUGCGUACGUUCUCCUAACCUGCUGCGUUCGUUCUCCUAACCUGCUGCGUUCGUUCUCCUAACCUGCUGCGUUCGUUCUCCUAACCUGCUGCGUUCGUUCUCCUAACCUGCUGCGUUCGUUCUCCUAACCUGCUGCGUUCGUUCUCCUAACCUGCUGCGUUCGUUCUCCUAACCUGCUGCGUUCGUUCUCCUAACCUGCUGCGUUCGUUCUCCCAACCUGCUUCGUUCGUUCUCCUAACCUGCUGCGUUCGUUCUCCUAACCUGCUGCGUACGUUCUCCUAACCUGCUGCGUACGUUCUCCUAACCUGCUGCGAAAAGGUCAAGUUUGACAAAAGCUGUACUCCGUCUAGUCAAAACCCAGGAGAAUGGGGAGAGGGGGACACUAUUCAAGGGAGUGGGAUGAGACCACAGGACGUGUACAGGAAGGUAGUGCUGAGAAGUACCAGGUAUAGUAAAGAGGGAAGAGGUACUGGCCAUGGCAGGAGUUGAGAGGGGAAGUAGGGUGAUGUUGCCCCCUAGACACUGAUCUUGGGUCAGUUUUACAUUUCCCCACUAAUGGUUAAGGUCAGGAUUGGGAAAGGGACGCUGAUCCUAGAUCUGUACCUAGGGGAAAUUAGAGGGAGAGUUGGGCUUUGAACUGCUCACCUUAAGAUCCCGGUGGAUGAUGGGAGGCUUCUGUUUGUGCAUGUGCUGCACUGCACGACACGACUGGUAGAAGAUCUUCAGCACCGUGUCACAUGACAUGGGUCCCUUCUGCUCCACCCGCUUGAUGAAGUCCACCAGUUGACCUGGGGGAGGCAGACAGGAAGAGCCUGAUCAGCAACAUGGAGAGUACCAGUCAAAGUAAUUGCUAAUCACUGGCUAACCAUUAUGGGGCAGUUUCCCUGAUACAGAUUAAGCCUAGUCCUGGACAAAAAAAUCACUUUCAAUGGAGAAUCUUAAAUCUCUAUUGAGAAUGCUUUUUAGUUCCGAACUAGGCUCAAUCUGUGCAUGGGAAACCGGCCUUAAAGGUAUUGCUUAUUAGUAGAAGACUAUAGCGCAUACAUUUGCUUGAUAACAUCAGGCAUAUUCAGAGAAGUAUAAACUGUAAUACAGGCUUGUCAAUACACACUCCAAAAUAGGCCUCUGGAAGAUAUUGCUACAUCCACAUUACGCUCAAGAACAAAGAGAAAGAGUUAGGCUUGGUUUUCAGCCCUACUCUUCGCGCUGCGCACAGCGAAACAGAAAACAUAGUGUGGAUGUAGCUUAGGCAGGGUUUUUAUUCCACUAGAAGUACUCUAACAGCUUUGUGACUUCACUGUGAGGCAUCGGCACCACACAGAGGGGUCGGCACCACACAGAGGGGUCGGCAACACACAGAGGGGUCGGCACCACACAGAGGGGUCGGCACCACACAGAGGGGUCGGCAACACACAGAGGGGUCGGCAAACACACAGAGGGGUCGGCACCACACAGAGGGGUCGGCACCACACAGAGGGGUCGGCACCACACAGAGGGGUCGGCACCACACAGAGGGGUCGGCACCACACAGAGGGGUCGGCAACACACAGAGGGGUCGGCAACACACAGAGGGGUCGGCAACACACAGAGGGGUCGGCACCACACAGAGGGGUCGGCACCACACAGAGGGGUCGGCACCACACAGAGGGGUCGGCACCACACAGAGGGGUCGGCACCACACAGAGGGGUCGGCACCACAGAGGGGUCGGCACCACACAGAGGGAUCGGCACCACACAGAGGGGUCGGCACCACACAGAGGGGUCGGCACCACACAGAGGGGUCGGCACCACACAGAGGGGUCGGCACCACACAGAGGGGUCGGCACCACAGAGGGGUCGGCACCACACAGAGGGGUCGGCACCACACAGAGGGGUCGGCACCACACAGAGGGGUCGGCACCACACAGAGGGGUCGGCACCACACAGAGGGGUCGGCACCACACAGAGGGAUCGGCACCAACAGAGGGAUCGGGCACACAGAGGGAUCGGCACCACACAGAGGGGUCGGCACCACACAGAGGAGUCGGCACCACACAGAGGAGUCGGCACCACACAGAGGGAUCGGCACCACAGAGGGAUCGGCACCACACAGAGGGAUCGGCACCACACAGAGGGGUCGGCACCACACCAGAGGGGUCGGCACCACAGAGGGAUCGGCACCACACAGAGGAGUCUGUAGUACCUUUACAGAGCUCUGUGAGAAUGAGGAACUCAGCCUGGCCUGUGUCCGACUCCUCCUUGGCGAUGGACGCUGCGGAGCUGAACUGCACCACGUUGGGGUGA